AAACCAAACUUAAGCUGAUUGAAUUUCCAAGAAAUUGUAAAUAGAUUAGGGUUUUUAUAUAUUAUUUUUACUUACAAUUUACGAGUAUAAUCAAAACGGUUUUUAAUCAACAAUGGCGAAGAGUGCAGAAGCAGAAGUAGAGAAGAUGAAGCUUCUAGAAGAGAGGAUAAAAGCGCCCUCUAUAUGGGGCCGAGUGGCCUGCGGUAUCAGGUUCGAGGAUUUACAGGACAAGAGAUACGAGGAUGCUGUUAGAUUGCUGAAGAAGCACUAUCUUCCCGAGGAGUUAACCUACAGAUCAGUAAAGAUAGCAGAAGACAGAGAAGGCACCGACGAAUUCGUACACAACGUCAGGAUAUGGAUGAAGGACAAAAUGUCGAUAGCAGCUGUCAAAGAGGGAGUCGACAAGUUGGUCGGUGUGAUGAUCAUGAGGAUUCAGGAGAAACAUGCCUUCUCCCGUACAUUCAGUAGAGUGAAGAUUACCCACAACCCCCUGUAUUCGAGUGUGAUGACCUUCUACAACGCUGUUGAGAAACCAGUCAAUCUGUUCGAGAAACUUGGCGUGAGGAAAUACUUCAAAGUAUACAUACUAGCUCUGAAGAAACGGUACCGGCAUAGAGGCAUAGCAAAGGAAAUGCUGAAGGCUGCCAUUGGCCUGGCCGCCAGUGCAAACGUGCCAGCCAUCGCUGGCAUAUUCACAACUGGCCGUAGUCAGCAAGUCGCUGCUGAGAUUGGCUUCGAGAAGUACAAUGAGAUAUACUACAUCAGAUACCUUAUUGAUGAGCAGAUAGUCUUCUGGGAUACAGGCCUUGGCAACUAUGGUGCUGCUCUGAUGGCGUACCGCAUCCCAGGAGUGGAGGAACCGCAAGAAGUGCAUGCGCAACACUCCUCAAGAUUUAAUAUACAGCCGCUAGACGAUGAUGAUGACUGA